UGACAGACAUCGAGCAAAUUUCAUUAAAAAGAAAUCUUCAACUUAGUGAAUUAAUUUUUUUUCCUUCAAAAACAAACCCUUGUUUCAGAAGAAAUUUUCAUUUCUUACUCAUUUAAAUACUUCAAAAUUACAAAUUUUUUUUCAAUAACGAAUUAAUCAAAUAGAAAAGGUCUUAAACGAUCAAAAACAUCAUCAAGAACUAAUUAAAUCUGCACAUAAACAAAUAACUAAUGAAAUAAAUAUAGAUUCAGAAAAACAAGAAAUUUUUCAUAAUUUAAAUAAUCAAUUCUAUCAAUACAAAAAUGAUUUUAAUCAAAUUCAAAAACAUGAAUAUUUUGAAAUUCAACCUAUAUUUCGAACACAUCUUGAAUUAGCUAUUCGAACACUUGAUAUAGAUUUACAACUAACAGGGCAAAUUUUUAAUGGUAAAACAUUAACAGAUAUUAUUCCUAAUAAAUUAUCGAUUAUAAUAAAAACAUCUUUGCAAUCUAUGGCACCGAUUGAAUUACAAAUUGACAAAUUUGUUGAAUUUGAUCAACAACAAAUAGAAUUUAUUAAUAAAUUAGAAAAUAUUUAUAAUAUGUUAAAUAAAGAGUCAAAUAAAAUUCAGAAGAAUUUAAUAAAUAUUACAACUGCUCGUUAUCAUUCUAAUCAUGCAAAUUUUUUAUUAAAUGCUAAAUUAAAAUAUCUUCCAGUUGAUAAUUCAGAAAAUUUAAUAGAACAACCUUUAUGUCUUGUUGAUGAACAUAAUAUGCCUAUUUCAGACGAACUUAAUCUUAUUAGAUUACCAUAUGAAUCAGAUCAUUUUCAUAUUUAA